UCCAAUAUGGCGGAUGUUUACGUUCUGUGGCCCAUACCGAAGCUAAAAAAUGAGCUUUCACGUCGUGGUGCCACUACUACCGGCAGAAAAACAGACUUAAUUGAGAGAUUGAGAGCUUAUGACAGAAAUGCAAACUUCCGAGGUGUUCCUGUUAACUUGCCAGAACCAUUAGAGCCACAGUGGCCUUUGACAGGAUUCCAACAGUUACGACCUGAACAUAAAAUUAUGCUACCAAAACUUACUACAGAACAAAUAGAGGGAUACUUCCUAUAUCGGAUGGCGGAAGAUCGACAGGCCAGUGGGGAUAUCAAGGCAUUGGAAAAAGGGAAAAAAAUGUUUGAAUCACAUAGAAUUUUAGCCUGCAGCUUCUAUCAGAGUGGUCAAAACACUUUCUUGAGUGGAAUUGUUGGUGCAGCAAUGAGACAUAAGGUUACAUACAACUAUAAAAUUAAAAUUGAUAGAUGUACUGGGGAACCAUUAAAUUCUCACUGUGAAUGCCCAGCAGGAAAAGGACCACAUGGUACAUGCAAACAUAUUGCUGCUGUCAUGAUGAUGUUGAUGCAUUUUAUUCAAACAGGAGACGUACAGGUGGAAAAGUGCUGCACAGAAAACCUCCAGACUUUUCACAAACCUAAAGCUUUCUACAAUGGAUCACCAGUAAAGACACAAAAUAUUCCAUCUAAAAGGAAACAUUUAGAUAGUAUUCUGGAUGAUCCACGACCAGCAAAGUUCCAGAAUUUGAAGGGGUACAAUGAUCAUGUCAGAAAUUCCUUAAUUAAUUUUUGCUCAACAUCUUCCAUGGAUAUAUCCUUACGCUAUAUAUAUUCAAAAGCAGAUCUUCAAAAUGCAGUUCAUGACCAUGACUAUCUUGAAAAGCCAUUUGCUGAGUAUUGGAUAGAUAAUGCCCUUAAGGUUACUGAGAAUGACUGCAAGGCAAUAGAGAAAUGUACGAGGAAGCAAAGUAAAUGCAAUGAGUGGUUCAGGCAUAGAAAAUGGAGAUUGACUGCGUCAAGAUUUGGGGAAAUUACCAGAAUGACUUGUAGAAGAAACAAAAACAAACUAUGCAAAACUUUAAUUAAUACCCAUAAAAUAGUUAGAAAGUGUUUGUUACAUGGAAAACAAUUUGAAUCUAAAGCUAUUUGCAAAUUUGAGGCACAAAAAGGUGUAAAAUGUAGGCCCUCAGGUCUGUUUGUUAGACCAGAUUUCCCAUUUUUAGGGGCUUCACCUGAUGGCAUUGUUGAUGGUGAUUUUUUAAUAGAAGUUAAAUGUCCAUACAAUGGAAGAAACGAUAAAAUAUUGCCAGGAAAAUGUUUUCCAUUCCUAUACAGAAAUAAAUCUGGGGAAAUAGCUUUAAAGGAGAUAAGCACCUAUUAUGCACAAAUUCAAGGUCAACUGUUUAUUGCAAAAAGAAAAUACUGCUAUUUCAUUGUGUAUACUUUUGUAGAUCUGUUUGUGCAAGUAGUCGAUUAUGACGAAAAUUUCUGCCUUAACUCAUUAGUUCCAAAAUUAUCCAUGUUUUAUGAGAAAUACUUCAGACCAUAUUUGGCAUCUUUGUUAUAA